AUGGAUUCCCUGCAAUGCCUCUCGGCCUCCCCCCUCAUCGAGGCCAAUGCUGCCAUCCCCUCCCAUCUCCAUCCCGUUGCCCUACGCUCAACCACCUCGGCCUCAUCCCCCAGGAUUGCUGCUGCUUCCAAGCUCGUCGAAGCCCAACUGCGGGCCUCCCAUGCUUCCAGCCCGGCCACCUCGUCUGUAUCUGGCCUGUCCACCCCUGCUGAGCCAUCAGAUGUCAAGCCCGAAAGCACUCGCAACGCUUCAUCCUCCGCAGCUUCUGGGCAGUCUUCCAAACCCGGUUUCCUGGUACAUGAUGUUGCUGGGCUCACGAUCGAGAACCCCGCCGACGAUCAAACCAGUUCAUCCCCGGACGCCAUUGCUGGUCUCCAACUCAACCCUAAACGCUUCCCCCUUCUCUCAUCAAUCCAGACCCCUCAGGCUGCCCGUCCCUCCAAUGGAGGCGACCCCACGCAGUCUAUCCGGAUUAUCAAUUGCGCCGAAUUUGUUGAGAUUCACGACGCGUAUCUGGCCUCGGUUUCCCGCGUCGACGAGUCUGUGGUCUUCCCUUGGCUCCAUUGCUGUGGUAUACCAGGCACUCCUCAGGCUGCCUAUUUCUGCGAGAGUGCCCAUGCUCGCAAUGCGCCCCGCUAUAGAGGUCUGACAAUCGUCUCUGCCGACUCGGAGCCUGCACCGCGUUCUACCGCUCGAACCAGCCCCGCUGCCUCUGUCACUACCACUGACACCUCCCAGUCUCAAACACGUGACCACCGCGCCCGCACCCGAUCACUUGGCGCGUCCUCAACCAAGAGCUCCACAAGCAUUAAAAGCUCGGCUACUACCUCAACCAGCAGUGGCUAUACUGGCAUCGACUCGGUGGCCACCACUCCCACCUCACCCUCCACCAGCGUGGUUUCCUUUGACGGCCCUGAACCUCGUGCUUCCCUCCUUCGAUCUUCCCUCCUGCCCCAAGAUAUUCUCGAGAGAUGCCCUCAUUCUGGGCAGUAUAUGGGCUUCUUUGCCUCCCCGCGCCUACCUCCAACCGUCAACCUCAGGUUGUUUCGUCAACAGCCUUCCCGCUAUGCCACCAUCAGUGAUAUCGUAGUUUACUCCGAGGCUGGUAUGUCCGACGACGCAAUUGCCUUAGCCCAGUUAAUCCGGAUUGCUCAAGGUCAAUGCUUUCGCAGCCGCGGAGGUCACGCAGCUGGAGCGAUCGAGUACAAUGUCUAUGUUGUCUCUGAACAGUUUGAGGUCUUUGAACGUGAAUUCAGUCAUGUCGUGGCUGUUGAUGGCUGGGGUUAUCGGCGCAACAAAAUCGACUUCUUUGAGCGCGAGAGAGAAGAAAUGGCGGCUUUAACGAGGGCUUCUGAGAUUGCGCAGAACGUCUGGCUCGGCAAUUCUGCAGAUGUCCCGCUUCCCAAAGAAGAUCUUUCGUCGUCACACCAGCGCGCUGCGUUUGAUGAGCGCCCACCAACUGUGACUUCACAUUUCGCCAAGGCAGACGAGUAUGGCAAUGCACCUUUCGAUGUGUGUGUUGAGGCGCAUGAUCAAGCCGCAAUCACCUCGUCGCUCCAACUCCAUCUCAACCAAAACUAUCUCGAUCGCAUCAAGCAACGCGCGAAGAAUAGCACCGUCUCUGACCUCGCUGAGAUCAUCCACAUGGAAGUUCCCAGCACCGGGCAAAGCUGCUCUGGUGCCAUGUCCCGGGACAAGCUAGUCCGCUACUUGGUCGACUUGUGCACAUGGGUGAAGAAGAUUGCCAAACCUACCGAAGGCAGAGCUGGUAGAAAAGUCUUGAUUCAUUGUCAUGAUGGAUAUACGGAGACUUCACUCUUUGCCCUGUCGUACAUCAUGUACGAUCUUGGAUGCACGUUGCCGGAGGCGUACUUGCACCUGCAGAAUGACCAGAAUCGCUCUUUUUUCGUCUACCCUGCCGAUGUCCAGCUGUUGCGUCGAGUGGAGACACGAAUAGAGCAAGAGAUGAAUGAGCAGCGCAAAGCGCAGAUGCAUCGGAUGACUAUCGACGAGCCCAGCCGAAACUCAUUUUUGAGGGGAUGCGUAUCCUUCAGCACAUCGUCGGCCCAGAACUCCAAGUCCACACCUACCCCACCACUCACUUCCUGUGCUGCCCCAUCCACUCCCCGGUCGGCCCGCUCGCAGCACCCCUGGUUCUACGACUCCCGAUUUGAUGGUCAUUUUCCCUCCCGCAUCCUGCCGUUUGUCUACCUCGGAAACCUUAACCAUGCGUCGAACGCGUUGAUGCUCAAAGCUUUGGGGAUCACCCAUGUGGUCUCGAUGGACGCCAAUGAGUCUGACUGCCAGAUCAACACUCUCGAGACCCGCAAACGCAGGAUGCUCAGCUGGAGCUUCCUCUCCCGAGAAAUCGCCGAUCUCAACCACAGAUAUCUGUGCUGA